AUGUCGCUUCCUCCGAGCUCUCCUCGGCUCCCAAGCCCGCCGCCUGCCCCCGAGAUCCAGAUUGGUCCCACAUCGCCAGCCAUGGGCCCGAUCGCCAACCGCCAGGCGCAGCAAUACGAGAUGCCUACGAUAGACCUGCUGUCUCAUCGUCGCAUCCAUCCGGGCACCAAGGCCGCCGACAUGGCUGCCGGCCCUCCGUUGGUUCCUCUGCACCAGCUUGACUCGGCCUUCCAACUCCAGGAGCACUUGGCAGCCCUCCAUUGGCACCAUACGGCCGGUAACACAACUCCCAUCACAAGGGAGACAGCCAAGAUUCUCGCAACGCCCCCUGCUCAUAUCGACAAGACGGUAUGGCUGUAUGAGCUGUGCCGCUUUUUGAUCACACAAUGCAACAACCUCAUUGUUGGUUUUCUGUUCGAUGAGCCGCCCUGCAGCGCUGCCACCUGCCCCGAGAUGCGUGCAAGCGAGUGGCAGUUUUUAUGUGCCGUGCAUGAUGCACCCAAGAGCUGCUGCGCAAUCGACUAUUGCUGUCACACCCUUGAUUGGGCGGCCAACACUGUGACCAAUCCCAAGUACUUCCCUAGCCGCUUCUUCGUUGACACCCAUGACAAGAAUCUGGCUUUGAGGCACUUGGUCAAUAUCUUUCGCCGUCUACAUCGCAUGUUUGCCCAUGCGUGGUUCCAACACCGCAGCGUUUUCUGGGCUGUCGAGGGCCAAACGGGCCUUUAUAUCUUUUUCAAAACCGUCUGCGAUCACUUCAAGACUCUCCAACACGAGAACUUUCAGCUUCCUCCCGAGGCUGAAGGGUUGGAGAGCACAACAACCUCAUCGGGCGACGACGACGUUCCUCAAGUCGUGAUAGAGAAACCCAAGACACAUCAGCCGGGGGGGUCCGUUACUUUUGCGAAGCCUCCGGUUAUAGCAAGCCGGGGAACACCUGUUGGGGAACCCGCUGAUGAUGAUGGUCUCAAUACUGCCGCAAUGAGGACUAACACGAGGCGGCAUAUUAAGAGCAGCCCUUCGGUUGGCAGCGCUGUGACGACUGUUCCGGAGGCGGAGGAAGAGGAUGGCAGCAGCACAGCGAACUUAAGAGGAAAAUCAAAGGUCACGCGCAGAAGGGUUCCCGAACUGGAGCCGGCCACAGAAGAAGAGAUGGAAACAGACAACAUUCCCGUCAUUGUGUGCCAUGGGACUACAGAGCCGCAUACGCCCCAUCAGCCAACGAGUGAAGCCGACAUGACGAAAACCGAAGAUUCGGCACCCGCCAAUAUAGCAGCAGCCUUGCCUCCUGCCGAAUUGCGACACCCGGAGUCGGAAAAGGACACAGAGGAGGCGACAGCAAGCGUUCAGGAGCCUGUACAAGAGGGCGAUCCUACGUCUGAAGAUCAGCCGACAAAGAAAAGCACUCCUGAUGAGUCCAACGAGGAAUCAGCAAAAGUCGAUGAUGAUGAAGUAGGAGAGCAAGGCAAUGAGGAUCAAGAAAGUCCAAAAUCAGCAGAUGUUACUCCGCAUAAUGAGGUCGGAACAAGUGCAAUUCCAACAUCAGUGUCGGAGUCGGAGGAUAGUGAUGUUGAUACGCCGGCAUCUUCUUCUGGAUCCGCCAAUGAUGAUCCCAUUGGAGACGGUCAUGAGUCGAACAAAGACUCCACGAUGAAACCUGUUGCCGAUGCUGGGAUCGAUGAGCAGCCGGUGGGCGUGGAACCGAUACUGGAAUCUACUGACAAUGGGUCCAGAGAGAAGCAAGAUGAUGACCAAGAUGAAACGAAACCAAGCCACGCCGAAAACGACUUGGCGCAGUCUGACGAGAACGUCGCCCAGGAGGAGGAAGAGAAGGGCGAAAAGGAGGAGGGAAAAGACGAGACAAAGGUGGAAAAGUCGGACGAAGAGGCCAUGGCUCCUGGUGCUGAGCAGGUCGCAUAGGCGGAUUAGGUAGUCCAUCACUGGGAAUUUCCAAUGUGAAAGAUUUGCCUUUGUAUGAAUACUACUGUAGGCACUGUUAUAACCUAGCGUAAGAGCCAUUGUUAAGGACAGGAAAGCGAAGACGAGGAGAAAUGGUCGGAAUGAUUGAAUUGGCCGUGCUAGUCUCACGCAUGGAGCUUCUCAUUGGCUGCACAAUCCAUGGCUGAAAGCACAAGCUGUGCUACGAUUGUG